UGUAGCGAAUGGUAAUGAUGACUAGCUUCAAUAUGAUCCUCAGUAUAUCUUUGUUAGUGUCCAGUUUAGUAACAGUGGCACUAUGUGCAUCUGGAAACACGAUGGUAGUGCUGAACAAACCAGCCAGUGUCAAUCUCAUCGACUGCACUCCAGAUAACUGCCAGGUGACCCAUGAUGAUCUAGUCGAAGUGGCCGCUGCUGCCUCUCUCAAAUCCUCAUCUGUCAAUUCCGAAGUACCCUGGAUAGAAGCCUUUGGACUGACUCCUAAUAGCAGACCAUCUAGAGUGGUAGUGGUAGUGUGUGAAUCAACGGACGCCUCUUUCAAAUCCUCAUCCAACUCGCCUCAGUUCGACUUCAGACUCACUGACUCAUGUCACCAUGUGUUUGGAGAGGGAAGUGACGAGAGCAUCAAUUACGUGGAGAUGGGCUGCGAGCAGGGAAGAGGGGUUGGGAAGUGGGGGGAGAACGAGUUGGUUGUGGGGGUCCAGAUAAGUUCAGAAGAAGCUCAGUCGAUGCGAGUGCGUCGUCAAGCCGAGGAAUCUUCCGACAAGCAACAAGCAACAGCCUCAGGUCCCCCACGCAACAUCUACUAUUUCAGAAAAGAAGGAUCAGCCGCCUCCUUUGAGUUCGCUGUCUGGUUUGCGAUUGUAUUCGCAAUUGCAGUGUUCCUCAUUUGUGUGGUGUUGAUGCAGAUCGACCAAGGAGAUGACUCUAUCAUUUACAAGACCACAUCGGCAAAGAUGGGAAAACGCGACUAAAAGGAAGGAUACUUAGCUGGCGUGAACAAUCAGAAAGAGUAGAUCAACAAUCGCAGAAAAAUUAAAUGAUGAAAGAAAUUUGAGUGAAUGGAUAAGACAGACUAAGUUGAAUAAAAAAUGACGUGAGAUUUAUAAAGAAGUUAGCAAAAAGUUUGUUCUGAAGUUAAGUCAAUUAUUUUAAGUUAGACCGUAAAGUUAAAGCCCACUGUUAAAUAAGCUUGUUAAUUUCAAAAACGAAUAAUAGACAAACAGUUGCAGGUUUUGGACCAACUCAUCAGUUUUAAAUGAAAAAUGGUUUAACGAUUUCAGAAAAAAAAGGAAAAAUAUCAAAAAAUUGUUUCUGAAUUGCUGAACUUUUGGCUACUCAACUUAAGAGGAAUUAUCUUCAAAAAGAAAAUUUAACUGUUUUGUGAAACUUAGAUUUUCUCAUUGAAUAUUCAUAUAAGUGUUGCUAUCAAAUUUUCCAAUGCGAGAAAAUAGUUUCGUUUGUUUCUUAAAUUGUAUUCAGCGCAUCCGAAUAAUGAGAACUUAGUCAAAAAGGGCAUUUGGACCGAUUAUUGUACAAAUUUAUAAUGACGUAUGUAUAUUUUUGAAGUUUUGAGGUGUAUUUGAAGAAAGUCAAUGCAUGAAUAUUAAGUUACAUAUUUAGCUAGAGUUCCAUUUAUCUAUUCUGGAUUUAUAUUUUUGUUUCCAUCGAAUUGUAGUUAUAUAUUAUUUAAUUUCAGAAGUGAAUCAAAUACAGGUUUUCGAAUGUUUUCUACUUUAAUCUGCUAUAAUUUAAAGGAAUUUCAAUCAGUUUCUAUAUAAUUCAGUAUUUGAUUUCAA